UCAUUUGUUCAAGAAGGAUGCACUUGAGGUAUGAGAAAAACACAUCCCUAAACCAUCAUUGAGUCAUCGUCAAUUUUGCAGAAAAACAUAAUUUUAUAGCAUUUUUUAUUCCGCUAGAGAAAAGGAUGUGGCAUAGCUACAGAUAGAACCGAGCUUUCCAGAAACAGUGCCGGGGUAAUAUGCGUAAAAUCUCCACCAGGUGGCUAUUGUCUUGUAAACAAAGUAGCUAGCUAGUGUGUGCUGAAGGCUGUCGUCAAAUCAGCUGAAACAGUGGACCUUGAUCGGUGUAUAUGUACUGCGUUUAGACAGUGGAGUUAGUGAAUCUCCUCUUAGCAUAAGUAGCUAAUCCAUCUGUUUUACCCGUGUCUGGUUUGGACGUGGACUGAGCAUUGAGCUGAAGGAGGAUCUUUGCUACUGAGCAGAGCAGACUGACUGCUACAUGCGAGAAGAUGUAGCAUGUAGGCUAUAAGGGCGAGGACAAAAUAGUGUGAGACAUAAGCUGAUUGUCUUAGAGUUGUUUGCCGGGCCUGGACUAGAGCGUGUGGAUGUUUGCAUGGCCGUGCAAGCCCAAGUGCACAUUUAGCCCCCUGGCCAGAUGGAGAAGAUCGAGAGGAAGCCAGGGUAUUUUGCAAGACUGAAGAGGCGUAAGCAACUCAAACAGCUGGAGAAAACUGUUAAUGACCAGACGCCGUCCAUCAUUUCCUGUCCUGAUAUGACCAAUGGCACAGACCAAAACAACAUGACAGAACCACACAGGAUAUCCGAAAAGCCACCAGGAUGCUCAAAUGGUGGCAGUAAAAGUAAUGAGUCGAAGUGGGAGAAGAGACGGCCUCCUGGUACCGUAGAGUUUAUUGUUGGACCAAAUGAUUCACUAAACAGUAUUGCUCUCAAGUUUAACAUCACACCAAACAAACUGGUCCAGUUAAAUAAGCUGUUCUCCCGUAGUGUUUAUCCUGGCCAGAAACUGUUUGUUCCUGAUCUGAGCCAAUCGGACCAAAACUCAUCAAAUGGCUUAACUGAAAACUCACAAGAUGGCCUCACAGACUGCAGGACGGUCAAGUCCAUCCAACGAGAACUCUCACCCAAUUCAGAGGAUGACAGUCCUGCGACUGUUAAAUUUAUCAAAAUGAGCUGCAAAUAUUUCACAGAUGGCAUGGGAGUGGUGGGCGGUGUCCUGAUUGUUACCCCCAACAACAUCAUGUUCGAUCCUCAUAAGUCGGACCCCCUGGUGAUUGAGCACGGCUGUGAGGAGUACGGUCUGAUCUGCCCCAUGGAGGAGGUGGUCUCUGUGGCCCUGUACAACGAUGUGUCCCGUAUGAGGCUGAAGGAUGUCCUGCCAUCGGACCGACCUGAGGAUCUUUGUCCCGUAUACAGGCCUGGGGAAUGGGAGCAGCUUCCUUCAGAACGGGACUUGAACCCCUUUAGUCGCUACGAAGCUCAGAAUCCAAAAAGACCUAUUGUUUUGGAUGACAUCGAUUCAACCCUAUCAGAAACUGUUUGUACAAUAGGAGAUCAAACUGAGAAGACUCCAUCGGAUGAAGGAUUCACAGAGUUGGAUCCUACUGUAAAUGGGAGCAUUGAGGACGGAGAAGGGACAUCAAUAACUCUAAACACUGGCAAAGACCAGAUUGAGCCCCGAGGACAGAUCACCACAACAGCCCAGGACAAACCAGUGCAUUGUGGAACCAAGGGAAAGUUGGAUGAAGAAGAAGAUGAGGGAGUUGCCCAGAACAGCUCUGUUGAGGAUGGAUCAGUACAAUCUUUAUCAGAGACUCUAAAAAAGGCCGCAACAUCUCAGAGUGAACAGGUUACUGAAGCCAAAAAUGCCAAAUCCGUGGACCAUGAAAAGCUAGAUUCUGUGAAGGAAGUUGAAGAGAAUAUGACAGACCAAAAAACUGUUACCACUGAAGGGGAACUGUCAAAUCCUCAAGAAAUUAGUCUAAACUCAAAAAGAACAGAGGAAGUUGCAGGCAGACCAGCAGAAGGAAAUGAACUCAGUGAGGAGGAGAAACGGAAGAAAAACUAUGAGGCAGAGGUGAAAUCGUGGCUUCUACAGAGGAUGCAGGCCCCAAUUGAAGGCAUGCUUCUGUCAUCGGAGGAGAAGAGUAAAAAUCCACCCAUGUUUCUGUGCUUUAAAGUUGGAAAGCCAAUGAGGAAGUCCUUUACCAGUGGGUUAACUUCAAGCCCUGCCCAUACAUCGGGAGGUUGGGGUAGACAACCAGAAUACUGGUUUGCUGUGCCUCAAGAAAGGGUAGACCACUUGUACUCAUUCUUUGUACAGUGGUCUGAUGUCUAUGGUAAAGAGGCCCGGGAGCAGGGCUUUGUUUUGGUGGAGAAGGAUGAACUGGACAUGAUUGACAACUUCUUUGGUGACCCUGCUUCUUGUAGCUGGGAGAUAAUCACCAUUAAUGAGGCCAAGCGUAGGCAGAGUUUUGGAAGCUGCGAUGCAGACUCAGUGGACGUGCUGCCUUUGCUCACCGACAGCAGUGACCUUUUGGAAGACACCCACAUUGAGAAACUCGCCUGUCGAUUACCGGCCCGGGUGCAAGGCUACCCCUGGAGACUGGCCUAUAGCACUGUGAAACAUGGCACAAGCCUCAAGACCCUGUACAGAAGCCUACUGGAUGUGGACAGUCCUGUGUUACUAGUGAUCAAAGACAUGGAUCACCAAAUAUUUGGAGCUUUUUCAACACAUCCAUUUAGAGUCACUGAAAGCUUCUAUGGUACUGGAGAAACAUUCCUCUACAGCUUUUGUCCUGAAAUAAAGGUGUAUCGCUGGACUGGAGAGAACUCUUACUUCGUUAAAGGGAAUAUCGACUCCCUGCAGAUGGGAGGGGGAAGUGGGCAGCUUGGUCUAUGGCUGGAUGCUGAACUGUACCGGGGCACGACCACUAAGUGUGCAACAUUUAACAACCCACCCCUCUCUGCUCAGCAAGACUUCAACAUCCACAGCCUGGAGGUCUGGACUUUUGAGUAGCAUCAAUACAGGUCCUACCCAUGAGCUUGAACAUCACUGGAUCUAUUCUUUACCACAAGGAGCCAACCUCAUUAUCCCAAAAUACUCCUGCUAUUCUGUGAAAGAAUUUGACUGGGUAAGUGUAGGCUUGUGCAUUUUGAAAGGUAAGAUGAUUCAGGAUUUAGCCUAAUGAGCCUAACCUACAGGCAAAUUGAGAUUUUUGGAUUGUGCUGUUUAACAGAUGUGAGAAAAUGAAUUUGUCCUCACAUUGUAUUGACUGCCUUAACUUUCACCACUAGUUGUCCCAGCAUGCAGACUGCCUUAUUAUUUACCUAUUAAAAGAUAACCAUUCUUUAGGGCCAAAAGGAAAACACUGAGGCCAGUCUGCUUUUGUUACUGAUGAGGGUAAAGUCUUUGUAAAUACCAAAUUAUAAAUAAGCUGUUCAACAAGCUGUGUGUUCAUGUAUAGACACUAUUGUUUAUAUAAUUUGUAUGUUUAAAAUGUACAGAAUUGAUAUUCAAUCUCAAAGGUUGGAGAGGUGCAUUGCUUUUCUUUACUACACAACAAAUUCAGAACUUGAAACUCUGAGCAUUUGCAUCCAAUUAGUUUGAUAUUGUUUACAUUAGAAUCCUCCCUUUUAAGGGUCUUUAUGUUCCUCUAAAGGCGUUGGGGGCAUCCAGAGUAUCUAAGCAGAUUGUUAAUGAUGACUGAGUUGCAAAUUUGCUCACAUUUUAUAAUCUUCAAGUUUUUAUUUUGAUUAGAUUGUAUUUUUACAUUCCGUUUUUACAAAGAGUGUUCAGUUUUUAUGGUCUUUCUUUAUGAAAAUGUGAAUUCCAUUUAGAUUUUGAACUAGUUGGCGCAGCACAAGCAGCACUACACUUGAAUAUUAAUUAAUCAUAAUUCCACUUUAUCUUUCCAUUGUUCCAAGCUGCAGCCAGUUUUAGAUUUAUUGACUCACUUUGCACUAAAGGGGUUUAUUGACUGUUCCUUACUGAAGCCCUUGAUAUAAAGUAUUUUUGUUAAAUUAUUUUCACUCAAUAUUGGUCACUAUAACACAAUGGAAACACAACCACACCUUGGUUUAUUGAGUUUAUUUCAAAGGGAUGUUAUUUCAUGGGACGUUUUAAAAUAAAGGCCCAAAGGCUUUUAUUUUAUGCCACAAAGCUAGAACUUAUUUUAAAGGGAUAUUUACGGAAACUUUGUGUGCAUGAAAACAACAAUGCAAAUGUCCAAUACCAUUAUCAUACAUGCCAUAAUAUUUACUCAUUACUUCAUGUUAAACUGAUCUUCGUUGUUGUGGCUGUUAAAUGUUGUGACUGUGAAUGCUUUCAAAGUAUUAGCUGUAAAUCCAUAAUUGGUGUGAUUUAUCACCGAGAAUCUAUUUAUUGUGUGUUACUGCAACCACAUUUAAGCCAAAUAAAUGGUAAAUAUAACUCA